AUGGAAUGCUCCAAACCCAGCAAUUGGGUCUGGGGUUGUGGAAAGCGCUUUUCCCUGGAUUUCAACCUGCGCACCCACCUCCGAAUCCACACAGGAGACAGACCCUAUCCAUGUCCUCAGCCCGGCUGCUCUAAGCGGUUUGCCCAAUCAACUAAUCUCAAGUCACACCUAGCCACCCACACAAAGCUCCGCUCGCCUCAUACUUCCAUUUCACCCACUGCUGCAGCUGCCGCUGCAGCGGUCGCCUCUGCUGGCAAUUCCAACGGUUCUGGUGUACAUCGAAUGAAACAGGCGUCGGCAUUCCUGACUGACCAUCAAAAGCAUCAUCACCAAAACAGCCAUCAGCAACACCAGCAACAUGGCGGCUAUGGGUUUUACCUGCCUGCGGCCUCGGGCACUACUGUUUCGGCAACUGUUGCAGCCACUGCGCUGUCUCCUUUCGAGGCGUAA